CGAGAACUGGGAUACGUAUCACUUGCGUCUCAGGCCCCGGCGUCCUCUACUUUAAAUUUGUAAUUAACAACCGUUUUCAAACUUUACUUAAAAGUUUGGUACUCGGAAUAAUACCUACCUACGUCCAUAUCCUCCCUGAGCAUGUCUUCUUCUGUAGAAGUUCGCGCCAACCCUGCACUUAUCCAAAAGGGAGAUGCAUCCCGUGCACCACUCUUUCUUCUACAUGACUCUGGUGGAACGGUUUCCUAUUGUUACAGGCUAAGAAACAUCGGCCGUACUAUCUACGCGAUACACAACCCAUCGUUUUAUUCGCAAGAAAAAUGGAAGGGAGGGAUUUUGGGCUUGGUGGAAGAAUACAUCAAGCUCAUUAAAUCUGUGGUUCCAUCGGGAGAGAUCUUAGUUGGAGGUUGGUCGCUCGGUGGCCAGUUGGGUAUCGACAUCGGACGUGUAUUAGCUCGUAAUCGACGCUCGAAAUUGAGUGUGAAGGGCAUUGUGUUGAUAGAUACGAUGUACCCAUACUGGGGUCCUCCAGAGACUGUCCAUGCGGACGUCUCGAUCGACCUCGUGCUCAAAAACAUUCCAUCUGAUCUGAAGGAGAGUAUGCUCCGUUGCAUGGAUUGGUCCAAAGAAGACUGCGAUGAAUGGGUCCCCAGAAACUGGAAAGGCGAUAUUGACCAACUCGGUGAUGUCGAGAGUGAAGAGCCUGCUCCUGCCGUCUUGAUUCACGCGAACAAGUUGAUCGUCGAAGAAACCUCAGAGGGUGUGAGGUGCAUGGUGGAUCAGUACAAGGACCAAAAGAAUGGAUGGAACUUCUUCCCUCAUCAAUUCAUUGCCGCUAUAUGGGAAACUCCGGUACAUCACUUCGGGUUAUUCGAGGAGACAUCUGUCCAAGAGACUACCGACAUGAUCAAGCGGGCAUGCGAUCUUCUUGCUGAAGAUUAAGAUGGAAGUUUUUGCAAAGCUAUUCAUGAGGUUGGUAUGUAAAAGAAUGAUACAGCUUCUUGAAAUCGUGAACUCCACAAGGACGCUAGAUAUAAAGUUCACUAAAACGCCACACGAAUCUUCCCCGGUCCAGACAAAAAGUCUGAAUCCCAUAUACCCAUCACAGCAUCCCAAUAUUUUCUUCGAUCUUGGAACAUGUGGUAGACAUGAGCCGUACUUGUAUACCUCACUCUCCAAAUCUUCUGACCCAUAUUGAGUGCUUCGCUAGCGUGCUGUUCUAUGUGCUUCCAGGGAACUAACUCAUCUGCCAAACUGUACAAAUAAAGUCGGGCGGCGGAAUCAGGAAACAGUGCUUUCUCAUUCAGUCCUUCGUAAGCCCAUUCGACAAUGUUCUUCCACUUGGUCAAUUUCUCUGCAAUUAACCCGAUACCGAAAACAAUGCGGUAGAACACGUUUCCGAUGGUCCAU